ACAGUACCGCCCAAUUUUUCCAUUCGAGUCGGGCAGUCAGUUAUCUUUGGUAUAGAGCGUUGGUAUUGAUUGAACUGUGGAGGGAAAUGUUAGAGCUUGCGUUAUAGAAGCGUUGUAAAAUAAUAAGUAUUUUGUUUAUUUUGUGAAUAACGGCCCGAAGUACAUGAAGUCAACUCAGAUUUUUUACACGUUAGACUUCGCAUAAAAUAACUUGGAGGUCGCAUUUUGUUUAAAGAAGUAUAAAGGAAAGUGAAAUAGACCAAAAUGCAGAGACGAGGUGGUAAGCGUAUAAGGAUGGAUGAUCCUCCACCGCCUGAAUACGAGUCACCGAUGACACCCAUGACCCCGAUGGACGGAAGUGGAUCAGAAAUCCAAGAACCGUAUACACCGUACACCCCGUACAGUAAUCAGCCAUCUACACCUCUUCACACGGGAGGUGAAGUCUACUCAGGCAAUGACCAGUAUGCAGGUGAGCCAUCAGGGAUGUAUCAUCAGCAGCAACAACAACAACAACAGCAGCAGCAGCAGCAGCAACAACAACAACAACAACAACAACUCUACUCACCAUCUGCGCAGCAACAAACACAGUAUGAGGUCACUCAGCCACAACAGCAGCAGUCAGAGCCUAGUUUUGAUCAGCAGUACGAGCAGCCAGCUACUCCACUUAACAUGAGAAUCCGUGUUACUCGUUCACGAGCACGUAGUGCAAAUGCUGCAGCAGCUGCUGCCGCUGCUGGUAUAACUCCAUCUACACCAGUUGCUCCUCCUCCACCACCACCAAAGCGUGUGCUUGCAAGUGAAGAACCUAGGAGACGUCGACCUGGCCGCAAACCCAUUUCAGAAAUGCUGUCUGAAGAUGAAACAUGUCUCUAUUUUGUGGUCCGUCAGGGCAAGAUAUCACUCCAGGUGAUUGUGGAUGACUGGAUCGAGUCUUACAAGAGCAAUCGUGAUUCUGCCCUGCUUGCAUUAAUGCAAUUCUUCAUCAACGCUUCUGGUUGUAAGGGAAAGAUCACACCUUCCAUGCAGUCCUCAAUGGAACAUGCUGCUAUCAUCAGAAAGAUGACAGAGGAGUUUGAUGAAGAGAGUGGAGAAUAUCCACUCAUCAUGUCGGGGCAGACCUGGAAAAAAUUCAGAAACAAUUUCUGCGAAUUUGUGCAGAUACUUGUGAAGCAAUGUCAGUACUCCAUCAUUUAUGACCAAUACCUAAUGGACAAUGUAAUUUCACUACUGACAGGUUUGUCUGAUUCCCAAGUCCGUGCAUUCCGACAUACAGCCACAUUGGCAGCCAUGAAGCUGAUGACUGCACUUGUUGAUGUUGCUUUAACUGUAUCAAUAAAUCUCGACAAUACUCAACGCCAGUAUGAAUCAGAACGACAGAAGACUCGCGAUAAGCGUGCCAGUGAUCGGCUUGAAUCUCUUAUGGCAAAACGACAAGAACUUGAAGAAAACAUGGAUGAGAUAAAAAAUAUGCUUACUUACAUGUUUAAAUCUGUGUUUGUUCACAGAUACAGGGAUACUCUUCCUGAGAUUCGGGCAAUUUGCAUGGCAGAAAUAGGAGUUUGGAUGAAAAAGUUUCAUCAAAAUUUCCUUGAUGACUCAUAUUUGAAAUACAUUGGUUGGACGUUACAUGACAAAGUUGGAGAAGUUCGUUUGAAAUGUUUGCAGGCUCUGCAGCCACUGUAUGCCUCAGAAGAGUUAAAAGGAAAGUUGGAAUUGUUCACAAGCAAAUUCAAGGAUCGUAUUGUUGCAAUGACUUUGGACAAAGAGUAUGAUGUUGCGGUACAAGCUGUCAGGCUUGUUAUAAGCAUUUUAAAGCACCAUAGGGACAUACUAACAGAUAAGGAUUGUGAGCAUGUCUAUGAACUUGUAUAUUCAUCACACCGGGCUGUUGCACAAGCUGCUGGAGAAUUUUUGAAUGAAAGAUUGUUUGUCCCUGAUGAAGAAGCUGUUGCUGGAAUAAAGACAAAACGAGGAAAGAAACGACUGCCCAAUACACCACUUAUCCGUGAUCUUGUACAGUUUUUUAUAGAAUCUGAGCUUCAUGAGCAUGGGGCUUACUUGGUGGACUCUCUCAUUGAGUCUAAUGAGAUGAUGAAAGACUGGGAGUGUAUGACAGACCUUCUCCUGGAGGAACCAGGGCCAUCAGAAGAGGCUCUAGAUGAUCGGCAGGAGACGAGCUUAAUAGAAAUUAUGGUCUGCUGUAUUAGGCAAGCAGCUACUGGAGAGCCGCCUGUUGGCAGGGGUCCUACACGUAAGAUACUCUCAGCAAAGGAACUGAAACAGGUGCAGGAUGACAAAAUAAGGUUGACAGAACAUUUUAUCCAAACACUGCCACAACUGCUUGAUAAAUACAGAGCUGAUCCAGAGAAAUUGGCUAAUCUACUAGCAAUCCCUCAGUAUUUUGAGCUUGACAUUUACACUACUUCACGCCAAGAGACGUACCUCGACUAUCUACUGAAGAAGAUAAAGUCAAUUGUUGAAAAGCAUCAUGAUACGGAUGUAUUGGAAACAUGUUCAAAGACACUAGAAAUACUAUGCACCGAGGGAAAUGCAAUUUUUACUCGAUGUGAUGUUGCGCGUAGUACACUUAUUGACUCUAUUGUUCACAAAUACAAGGAAGCCAUAGAUGAAUGGCAUAGCCUUAUGCUUGGGAAUGAAGUACCAGAUGAAGAUGAGACAUUCAGUGUUGUCUACAGUUUGAAAAAAGUUGCAAUUUUCUACCAGUGUCACAAUAUGGGUCACUGGGGCGUUUGGGACCCUGUCUUCAGAGAUAUAAUUGAAGCACAGGGUGGCUCUAGCUUGAAGAGUUUACCGCAGGAGGCUAUUAAAUACUGCAUUUCUGCUGCAUUUUUUGGAAUACUGUGGGAUCUCCGCCACAUUGAGGAGCUGAUCGAAGGAGGUGCAAGUGGCAGUGAAGAAGUGGCUACCUUAAAGGGAAGACUACAUAAUUUCAUGGACACCAUGAAGCAGCUUCUCCAGACAGCAGUGGUUCAAGCUUACAAAGAAGAGGCAUAUAUCACUGUGUGUGACCUUCUUGUGGUUUUCUGUAACCAAUUAGCAAGCAAUCAGGCGUUAACUGACCUCGUGUAUGAGCCAGACAGAGCCUUGCAGAGUAUGCUCAAUGACUUCAUUCAGCAGUAUGUGUUUAUUGUUGAAGAAGAUGGAAGCGUAGGGAUCCCAACUGAGCCCCAAGAUGAACAUGAUGAACACCUAAAAAUUGAAGAACUCCACAAAAGACGAAAUUUUCUUGCGUCUUUCUGCAAGCUUAUUGUAUAUAAUAUAAUGCCCACAAAAGUUGCUGCUGAUGUAUUCAAACAUUAUGUCAAGUACUACAAUGACUAUGGAGAUAUCAUCAAGGCUACCUUAGGAAAGGCUCGUGAAAUCAACAAGACCAAUUGUGCUCGGACCAUGGCCCUCAGUCUCACUAUGCUCUUCCGUGAUCUCCAGAGAGAUGGGAGUCGGAUUAAUAGACAAAUUGAAGAUUUCAUAAGUUUAAAGGAAUUAGCAAAACGAUUUGCGCUCUCUUUUGGACUGGAUGCUGUGAAGAACCGUGAAGCAAUAACAGCACUUCAUCGUGAGGGUAUAUUAUUUGCAGUUGAUCCACUGGAAAAUAUUGAAGACCCUACAGGCCCCCCUCCCAACCUACCAUUCCUUGAGAUACUCACUGAAUUUACGAAUAAACUACUGAAACAGGAUAAACGUGUUGUAUUGAAUUUCCUGGAUCGGCGGAUUGCUGCUGGGAUGCCCUCUAGCAGGGGCGAAGAUUGGCAGCCAUUACUUAUGUACAGGAACAGUUUAGUUCAUGGAGAAACUGACCAGCCUCCAGUUACCUCUAAACGAGCAUACGGUAGGAAGAAGAAAGAAGUUGAAGAAGAGGAAGCGAUGGAUGGAGAUGGUGAAGAGGUCACAUCAGAUCAGGAGUUCAAUGUUGGGUUUUGAUCACCCGUUGGAUGUACUACCAUUUUCAUGGGUGAUGUGUCCACUGUAACAGUGGUGAUGUGUUACAGUUAUUGGGUGAAGGCAAUUGCAGGAAUCCUGCCUGACUUCAGUCCAUUUUCAAAUAGUGGUUGCAGAUUGUACGAUACACCAUUCUACAACUGGACGGUACCCAGCAUAGCUGGUAAUCAAGCAAAACAAGUUGUGUGCCUACAUCUUCUGCCAUUGCAGAUAAACUUUACGUGACAACUGUGAUUUUUAGAAGUUAAUCAUAGUAUUUGUAUAGUUUGGACCAAGUCCACAUGUUUCAUUUCUGAUCUUUUUGUUGUAAACAAAUGCUACAUCGACAAGGCUAGGAAAUACUCUUCAGGAACUGGUGCUGAACAUAUGUGUGAAAUCAAGCUUUAGGAGAGUGCAUUUAUUUUCGUUCCAUUUAUCCUCCUAAAGUGUUUAAAAGUUCCUCUUGCUAGCUUGUGUGAUUGUUCCGUUGCUCUAUAGCUGUAUGUGGAGAAUUAUUUCAUUUGACUAAAUUGCAAACAUAAAAAUACUGCAAUUUCAGGCCAUUCUGUAUUCGAAAAUUGCUACCUUCAUGUAGGAAACAAUAACAUAUGGUGCCAGUUCUUUGAAACUAGAAACUUAUCGAUAGUGAGAUUUGUGCCCUCUCUUCUAUAGUGAUAUAAGACUGAGAGAAAAGCAUGUAAAAUAAAUUUUGUACAUGUUCCAGGAUAGUGUAUAGUUGGAUAUUUUUGUAUGUAAUUUGUCUUAACUGAAGCUUUUGGGUUGUUUGUUUUGAAUGUGAUGUUACUGCAGUGAUCAUGUGUUAUGUUGUAUAUACUUAAUUGUACUGUUCUAAAGAGAUCCCUAAGUGUCAACACCACAUUCUGAACAUUACACAGACUGUGACAAUUAGAGGAAGAAAUCAAGUAAGAAUAUUGGAAUGUAUUUUCUUGGAACUAGGUGGAUAUUGUGUUUGAAUUAUCAGCAAAUUUCCAAAUACUAGGGACCACUGACACUAUUGCCGGUACUCUACAGCUAUUUCAACAAAAACUGAUUUGAAAUAGAUUGAAAAAUUUUUAUUCUUGAAGAAGGAAUUGGGAGGAAUAAUUUUGACUGAAAAUUUGUAAACUGUACAUUUGUGCUUUGCAUUAUAAAAUUUAACAGUAUUAGCUGGAAGUAUGUAUUUUAAUGCACAAUGAUUAUUUUGUUAGUGUACAAAAAUUGUAAACGCUUUUUGUUUGACAGUGAUUCAAACGACACAAAUAAGUUUCUCUGUUCACGUGUGGCAAAUAAUAUUUGUAUUUCCUCAUAUUGUAGAAAGGAAAAAAACUUGAUUUGUUUGUGUCACUGGUGGUGAGCAACUUGUAAGCUACAGGAUAAUUUCUUUAUAAUGUACGGUUUGUGUGUAACAUACAAUGUUUAUGUGAAAUUUUGUGUGAAAAUGAGAGGUUAACUGAAUUUUUUAUUUUGUUUAUAAUGUUCAUGCUAAGUGUAUCAUGCCUAGCUUUAUUUCCGAACUUACAGAAAUUUUUGGUAUUAUUGUGAUGAGAAAUAUGUGACCAUUUUUUGCCAGCCCCAACAAAAGUGGGUGGUUCCACUGUCUACAUGAAAGUUAUAAGUAAGUUUGUUCAUCAUAUAAUGGGAGUUUCAUUGUUAAGACGUAUUAUUGGCUUGGAUUGGAAAUUUUAAUUGCAGUGUUCAGUGUAGAUUGUAACUGUGUUAAUUUUUUACACCACACAGUUUCAGCUGUUAGCAUUGUCAGAUCUGUUGAAAUGAAACAAAACGUAUUACAAUACAGUAUGAAAUAUUAACUACAAUAUUUCAAGCCACCUAAUGUAAACCCUGCAAUUCAAAGUGCCUUGUAAUUAUAUCAUGCCUCAGCUGCAAAUGUAGCUGUGGCAGUUUAGCGAGUAGAGAAGUAGAGUCCAGGCUGGAGUAAGGGGGAAGGUGGGAAAUUUUCCUCAUUAGAUUCCCUACAGGGUGGCCCCAGGUCUACUAUCAGAAUGAGUAUAUCGGGGAUCUUUCCCGGAGAUUAAAGUUGUGUGGGGGCAAGGGACCUGCCACCCCUCACCCCUAGUGACUCAGCAGAUGGAAGGGCUGCACACUAACUGCAUUCAGGUGAUAGUCCAGUCAUGGUCUCACAGCCCAGGCUUUACUUAUAAUGUGCAGGUACCUAUAGAAAGGUACAUGUUUUAUUCGCAUGUAAUCAUGCAUUGUAACAGUACAUUUUGUUCAAUUUUAACAACUCUAAUGAUGGCAAUUGGCUGAAACUAAUCGGCAGUGAAUUGUAAAAUAAUAAAUAAAUAAAACCACAACAAUAAUGUGCCCAAGUGAUUGUGGUAUGUUACUCAAACUGUCUUCUUGGUCCUUCAUAAGUUGCUUUCUUCCAGACUUCAUUGAUCAUGUUAGCAAGUUCCUUUUCAUGAUUUAUUACACACAUUAGUUCUUUUGUAAUGGUUGAUUCUGAACCUGUUCUUCUUUCAGCUGCUUCUAAAAUUGAGUUAACAAGAAAAAUCCAUUCCUAUGCAACCCCUCUCCAUAUCUGUUUCAUUAAUUGAUUAUUUUAACCAUUUAUUUUGCACCCUCAGAAAUAUUGGAAAGAAAAAGUGUUAAGUUACUUAAAUUAGGUGUAUAUGGUUAUGUGAACAAUUUUCCUCAUGAUGUUUCAAAACACAGUACGUUACCUAUAAGAAUCAUUGCCCACAGAAGGCGUGCGGGGACUGCAUUAAAAGGACUACAUUGUUGCUCCUGUGGCUGAAAAAAUUUGCAUUUUGCAUUAUUCUACAUGAAAUGUGGUGAAACAAUUCCUUUUUGCUACAAAGUGCGGAACAGCUACACAUUGUACAGUUGACUAUCCCCGAGAGCAAAGUCUGUGUCUUCACUUUAGGCCCCUACACUAUCCAGUGGUCUAAACUAUCAUGUUGUAUAUCAUUCACAGGCACAGGAGCUGAUGUUUACUUCUUCUGGUCUUGCUGUCCAUGCAGUACUCAAAGCCAGUCUUCCUCUUCUCAUGAAAAUGUAAGCCUAUUUGCAGAGUCCCAGGUAGGAAUCCAUCAACACAUUUGUUUAAGAACUCAGCUUCAAGACUUCCUCUUUCCAUUUAUAAGCUUGAGAGCAACAUUGCUAAAUAGUGCUAAAAUCCUGUUAGCAAGAAAAAUCCUUUCUUAUGCAACAUAUCUCAAAUACUUUGUCUGGUCCAGUAGAUAUAAAAGUUGUAUCAUUUGCAAAAUUAGGACCUUUCUCAACUUUUACUUGAGUGAUAACUUUUGAAAACACAUUAGCAUACAUAUAUGGAUGCAAAUACUUCAUCUGGGAAAUCUCUCUUCGCCUCAAUGAGUGAUCAUAUGGGUAACAUGCAAUAGGCUAAUUAUAAAGUUAUGUAUAAGAAUACAUAGCUUAAGUGUGAAAUUUUCAUUCUUUUUUGUGAAACUGUGUGGAAAAUCAUGGGAUGAGUAAUUUGAAUCAGAUUCAUUUAAUAUUUGUAAUUGGAUUGUUGUUAGUUGACCACAGUAUUUUUGCACCUGGAAGUAAUUGUGCCCUGGUCAACUUUCUGUGAUCUUUUAUCAUAUUAUUUCACGAGGACAUGCUGAACCACUUCUUAUGAUAUGCACAACUGUCCAGAAAGCAUUCACGUUCCAUUGUUUUUCCGUUUGUCACGACUGUACUUCUUGGAAGUAUCGUCACCACAUUUUUCCGAUAAUGGCCUUAGGAGGCAAAGUGCAAUAAUAUUGUGGUGGGGUAGUACAUAGUCUGUGCUUACUGUUUAUGUACAAAAAUAACAAGACCCUAGUGAGCAGACUGUCCCCCCACCCCUCCUCUGUGCCAGCUAUUCAAUACAGUUUUACAUACAUGUACAGGAAGUAAAAACUGUUACUUAAAAUGACAUAAUUUGACUUCAUUGUGUGCUUUAGCAGGACUGAUUGUAUUGUAAUUAUGAGUAUUGAGAGUUUGUUGCAGAUCGUGCUUGAUAGGCCUACUGUAGUAUUUUAUGUAUAUUUUUUUCAUGAAGUAGUAUGGUCCUAUAUGCAGAGAGAGAGAGAGAGAGAGAGAGUGUGUGUGUGAAUGAAUGAAUGAAUGAAUGUGUGAACAACUGUUAGUAAUUUUUCUGAUUAUUGUAACACAGUUUUUGUGUGUAAAUAUAAUUUUAAUAAAAGAAGAUAAAAAUA